CAACGUACUUAUGACUAAAACGAGUUUAAAACUGAUAAUUUAUCGCAAAACCAGAUUAAUGAUUAAUUUAUCGAGAUUAUGGGUGAUAAAUAUUUGAAGGUAUUUUAUUAAGGAAAUUGUAGAGUCCAGUCAUUUAUUGGAUUACGGCGGGCAACAUGGGUUCAUCCAUACUAUUGCCAGUUUUGGCACUAGUAUUCCUUGUAGGGGCCAUACACAGCAGCCCUUAUGAUGAGUUUAGGUCCAGCAUCGUAGAAUUCUACGACACCAACCUAGAUGAACCUAAAUACAGACUCAAGGAUAACGUGAAACCGUUAAGACAAACCGUCGAUUUGGAUGUGUACUUGGAUGAAGACAGAUUUGAUGGAGAAACUUCAAUUUAUAUUCUUACCGCUGAUAAUGAUAUGAAGCAAAUCGUCCUGCACCAGAAUGUAGUAAGCAUCAGCUCUGUCUCGGUGUUCGAUGUCAGAGGGGCGCCCGUGCCACUGCAGACCCCUGGUGCAUUCGAGACUGACCCUUACUACGAAAUCUUAAUGAUCAAUCUCGCUAACCCCAUCCCCGUUGGAGAGUACACUCUGAAGAUUGUCUACAAGGGAAGAAUCAACACCAACCCGCUCGACAGAGGAUUCUACAAGGGCUACUACUUCACUGACAGCAGCAACACCAACAUGGAAUACUACGCCACAACCCAGUUCCAGCCGUACCACGCCAGGAAGGCUUUCCCUUGUUUCGACGAGCCCCAGUUCAAGAGUUACUUCACCAUCUCCAUCACUCGGCCCGAGGACUUCAGCCAGUCCUACUCCAACAUGGCUAUCGAGAAAUUUGAAACGAUUGUAAAAGAAGACGGAUCCACCCGUGUGCGUGAGACGUUCUACCGCACUCCCAUCGUGUCGGCGUACCUACUCGCCUUCCACGUCAGCAAGUUUGUGGAGACGCAAGUCAAUGUGGACAAUAAACCGUUUGGAGUCAUCUCACGCCCUGGUCCAGUGGAUCAGCACGCGUACGCCAUCCGACUCGGCCAGUUGACCACAAACUGGCUCAGCACUAAACUGAAGUUUGACUACUACGCCAUGGGUGAGGGAGUGGCGAUGAAGAACGACCAUAUUGCUCUGCCUGACUUCCCAUCGGGAGCUAUGGAAAACUGGGGAAUGGUUAACUAUAGGGAAGCUUAUUUGCUGUACGACGAACAAAACACUAACCUGCAGAACCAAAUCUUCAUAGCCACCAUCAUCUCUCACGAAAUGGCCCACAAAUGGUUCGGAAACCUCGUAACUUGCUUCUGGUGGAGCAACCUCUGGCUCAACGAGUCCUUCGCUAGUUUCUUCGAGUAUUUCUCUACUCACGGCGCUGAUCCCUCCCUGGAGCUGGAUGACCAGUUCGUGGUGGAUCACGUUCACAGCGCGCUGGCAGCCGACGCCUCCUCCGGAGCCACGCCCAUGAACUGGACCGGCGUGGUCACCAACCCCUCGAUCAACGCCCAUUUCAGCACCACCAGCUACGCCAAGGGAGCUUCUGUGCUCAGAAUGAUGGAACACUUUGUUGGAUCCACUACCUUCUACAAGGCACUGGAGUAUUACUUGAGAGAAAACCAAUACCAGCUUGGAGACCCUAAAAAGAUGUAUGCCGCAUUCGAAACAGCCGUCGCUGAGGAUGGCUCUUUAAGCCAAUAUGCAAAUGUUAAAAUCACAGAUGUUUUUGACUCGUGGAUCCAGAACCCUGGCGCCCCUGUCGUCCAUGUCAAUGUAGACCACAGAACCGGCGUUAUUACUGUCAAACAGGAACGUUAUCAACUGUCUGGAAUUCGACCCAACACCCUUUGGCAGAUUCCUCUAACAUACACUCGCGGCGAUGACGUUGAUUUCAGUAACACCAAGCCUUCCACCGUCCUGGUUGGUGAAAGUACUACAAUUAACAAGCCCGCUGGUCAUGAAUGGGUGAUCUUUAACGUUGCUCAAUCAGGUUACUACCGUGUCAACUACGAUGACCACAGCUGGGAAAUGAUCGCCGGAGGCCUUCGAACAAGCCGAGAGGCGGUCCAUAAAUUAAACAGGGCACAGAUCGUGAACGACGUCCUCUACUUCCUCCGCUCCGGUGACGUGAGCAUCGAGCGCGCCUUCGACGUGCUGGCGUUCCUCAAGGAAGAGACCGACUACUACGUGUGGGCCGGCGCCAUCGGCCAGCUCACCUGGCUGCGCAGGCGCACAGAGCACAUCCCCGCGCUCUACAACGAGUUCAGUGCCUACCUUCUCGAACAAAUGGAUGCUGUGAUCAACCAACUCGGCUAUAACGAGAACCCUUCAGACUCGACCUCCACUAUACUGAAUCGCGUCCAGAUCUUGAACUUCGCCUGCACCCUGGGCCACGAGGGAUGCGUCACCGAUUCCUUGGCCAAGUGGAAAGCUUUCAGGGAGACACCAACUAACUUGGUCCACAAGAACCUCCGUCGCCACGUGUACUGCGUCGGCGUGCGUGAGGGCGACAGGACUGACUACGACUUCCUGUGGCAGCGCUACAACUCCUCACAAAACACCGCUGACAUGGUCGUCAUGCUGAGAGCCCUCGGGUGCACUAAGGACGAGGCCACACUUCAACACUACCUCCAGCAGAGUCUAUACAGCAGCAGCAUCCGUAUCCACGACAAAACUAAUGUCGUUAGCUACGCUCUGCUCGGAAACCAAGAGAAUGUGAAGGGCGUCCUCAACUUUAUUUACAACAACUACGAAAGCAUCAGGACUCAGUACGGAGGUUCAGCUCGCUUGGAAACAGUUCUUAGCACUCUUGCUGCAUACCUGACUGACUUCUCUGAUAUCGUUGCUUUCCAAAGCUGGCUGUACAGCAACCAGUUGAAGCUGGAAGGCACAGAGUUCAGGACUGGAGUCAACGUCAUCAACUCUGCCAUCUCCAACCUCGACUGGGCCAGCAAAAACGCUAUUGGUCUAAACGCCUUCCUGAUUGGUCGGAAUGCAGCUGCAAGUGUGAUUGCACCAAUCACGCUGUUGAUCGCUGCUGUGGCAAUGCAUUUGCUCCGUUAACAGUUUCAGAUGCUCUUGUUUAUAGUCGUAUAGUCUUUGAGUGCCUAAGAUACUGUAAAUUAGGUAUUUUAUCUCAAAGCAGAGUUUAAUAUGAUAUGGUGCUAAUAUUUCACAAAUUGACUUUUGCACACAGUAUCUGAGAUAAAAUACACUUUAAAGUUAGCUACUUGUGUUACCUUGAACGUUGAGUGCUAUUUUUACAUACUUACACCGUUGUUCUUAAGCGCUACUAUUUAUGUUAUUUAUUGUAAAUGUUGUAAAUAUAAACCAAAAUAAAUGUUAUUGAAUUUU